ACGUUCGGCUUCGGCGGCACGAGCACGGACGAGGACUGCAGGACACAAAGCGCUGCUCAGGACGGCUCCAAAAGAAGCUGGGGUGACCUCGUCAUGGUGCUAAGCACGUACACUCUGGCACCCUUGUGGACGACGCUCAUGCUAUGGGUUAACCGCUUCAUCACGGAGGACAGGCACCAGCAUUACCUCCUCGUAGCGAUAACUCCGGUGUUCCUGCUGCACGCCCUCUGGCUGUUCUUCGUCCUCCGCGUGAUCAGGCCGCACGAGGGGGACCUCCUGCCUCUUCGGCUUCGGACGGUCGGGUACCUGAACAUCUUCACCCAGGACAAGCUCGAACAAAAUGAUCCAUCGGCGUCGAAGAUUGCGAGGUACGACGCAGACACCCCGCACGGCCACCGCACCCUGGUGGGCCAGACGUCCACGGCCAUGCAGUCUGCCAUGUCUGCGCAGAGCGUGCCAUGGCUGGUUGUCAACCGGUUCACGAAGACUAUGAUUUGCAUGUGGAUUGCGGGAGGCGCGAUGCACUUCUUCCACACUGUCCUCAGGGCAACCGCUGACGUGGACUUCGAGACCGCCCCGAACAACGAGGACCCCGACGACCAGUGGGAGAACAAGGAGACCCAGACGCCACCGACUGGGGCGAGGAGACCCUCGCCCCGGCGGCUGAGGGGGGCGCCGAGGAGGCCGCCGAGAGGCGACGCCUGCUCGCCGCUGCCGGCUGGGGCACGGGGCGGCGGCCCGUGGCCGCGGCGUGGCCCGCGCCGGCGGGCUUCUUCGAGGAGGGUGGCGGGCCUGCACUGCAACAACUCCCACGCUGUGGUGCGCAGCCCCUUCCGCGUGUACGAGGCGGCAUUGCUGCCGCAGGAUGGACCGCGGCCUGGGCCCCCUCGCGGAGGUGCACCGCGGCGAGGAACCGCCGCGGUGCUCUGCGGUCUGGGGCGCUGCGACGUCCUGGCGCGGGAUGCCUCCGGCGCGGGCGCGUGGCGGCUGUCGCCGGGAGGCGUUCUGCCAGGAGUGCCCGGUGAAGGAGUUCCAAUUCCAGCGGAGAUGACUGGCGCCUGGCCGCGGGCGCGUGGGUGGGCUGCAGCCCCAGCCCUUGCCGGGAGCCGCGCGCGAUCGCGCGCGACCCCAGGAUUGUCCUCGGCGGCCUGCGCCGGAGCGGCUCGGGCGCGUGGCGCUUCCGCCAGUGGUCGCUCCUCGACCUCGGCGCCGCUGCAGCCGAGGGGCGCUGCCCUGCGGUGGCGCGCGGGCCGACGGCUGUGGCUCUGGCGCGGUGCGGCGCCAAGGAGACCCCCUCUCGAGCUUCAGGCACGUCUUGCUUCAGACGCUGGACGGGCAGCACAGGGAGAAGAAGCGGCUGGAGGCCGAGAAGGCGAAGGAUCUGACCAACUGGAGGACGUACGACAAGUCGUUGCUUUGCAUCUUGACCCUGAUCUCCAGACUUUGGAGGGCCGUACUUCAUCGGAGCAAAGCGGGCAGCACCCUGACCGGCUGGGACGCGACCUCGGGAGAUUUCAUCGGCAGAUGGCGUAUGAACGGCUACUACACCUCCAUGUGCCGCAGCGGCCACGAGCUGAUCCUCGCCAGAGCCGGUGGUGCCCAGGGGCCCGCGCUGGAGUCGAUCGCGCUGCCGGGCCGCCUGCGUCGGCGGGCGGGCGGGAGCGGCGGCGCCGAGGUGGGCCAGGAGGCCCGACAGGAAGACGGCGCAAACAUCUCCGUCGCCGCGGCGUCGGAGGCGGUCCGCGCAGCCUCGCGGCGCUCUGGCCCGUGAGCGCGGGCGCCGAACAGGCGCAGUGGACCCUUCGAUCGCGCGAGUAA